AUGAUAAGAAGAGGCUUCCAGGUGGCAGCGAGACUUGGCCACCACGGAGCCCUCCCUGGUGGCCCCUACAUCCUGCCCAGGUUCAGCCCUGCCUCAGCAUUCGGAUCAUCCAUGGACUCCCUGGUCUCAAGAUUCUGUCAGGAGAAGACAGAUUUGAAGAAUUACACCCUCCCCAAUGCCAGCUGGUGUCCAGACAUGCUGAACCUGUACCACGAAUUUCUGGAGAAGACUAAGGCCGAUGGCUGGAUCAGACUGCCCUCCUUCAAGUCCAACAGAAACCACAUCCAGGGGCUCAAGCUCCCAUUAGCGUUAACGGUUACCUCAGACAAAAGUGACUGUCGCAUCUUCACCAGGUGUAUCGAAACGGAAGGACAAGGCUACGAGUAUGUCAUCUUUUUCCACCCAUCCAAGAAGAAGUCCGUCUGUCUUUUCCAACCAGGCCCCGACCUGGAGGGCACCCCUAGGUUUGCCCACAGAGGGUCACUGGCAGCCAUGAUAGACGAGACCUUCUCUAAAACUGCUUACCUGGCUGGAGAGGGGCUGUUCACACUAAAUCUCAAUAUCACGUUCAAAAACUUGAUCCGCGUGGGCUCUCUGGCUUUGCUGAACGUUGACGUGGAAAAGAUUGAGGACCAGAAGCUUUACAUAUCCUGUGUCGCCCAGAGCGCGGAUCAGCAGACAGUUUACACCAAAGCUUCAGGCACUUUCCUCCAGCUGCAGCUGGAAGAGGAUUCAUCUCAAUACUAG